AGACGCUCAUAUUCAAAUGUACACGAGCCCUGGUUUUACUAAAACUGUGAACGCAAGUUUUUCACAGUACACAUUUGAGUCAUCAGUAUUGAAGUGACAUUAUGUUAUUUACUUCAUAAUCUCUCCAAAAGAGGAAGUAUGGAAGGAAGGUAAAGAUAAGUGUUUUUGUUUUUUGAAGGAAGUAAACAUGUUCUAACCGGGAGCUGACUUGGCAGAAAAUCAGCCGGGUUGGUGAGAAACCGGCUAAAAUCUGAUUGGCUGAAAACUGAGUUACGGUUUGUGGGCUGAUGCAAGUACGCCACUCCUGCACAUCACCGUCCUCCUGCUGGUGCUGAGGAUUUAUUCAACUAGCAAACUGCUAUCGCUCACAACAAGCUGUCAAAUUAAGACUUUAUACCUUCCACAGAAGUUUAACAAGGAAGUGGUUAUUCGGGAAAAUACCAGGGACAAUAACAUCACGGUCGUUCGUCCGGUUACUUUGGCCUGAGGGGGAAAACAUCCGACUGAAACAGAUCCGGGAACGCCCUUAGAAAAAAGCCACUUGUUAGUCAAUUAGUGUGUAACGUUAACGUUAGUACAGUUCUCACAAGGCAGACAAGACGUUUCCUCGGACCGAGUAAGCUUUUGCAGCAGCUAAAUUUGUCGUUGUAAUCCGAUAAAAAGCAUUAGCUAGUUAGCUUGCUAAGGUUGAUUUCAGACUGACAGAAGCGUACAACGGUAUUAUCGGUGACGCGAGGUAACUAGAUUGUCUGCACACGGUCAGGUCUCUCGCAAAAAUGAUGCAAAUUUCGGAUUCGUACAAUCAAAAGAAUUCAUUGUUCAAUGCAAUGAACCGCUUUAUUGGUGCCGUAAAUAACAUGGAUCAGACGGUGAUGCUUCCUAGUCUGCUAAGAGACGUGCCUCUAGACGAGGAAGAAGAGGUGAAAACGAUAUCACCGAUUAGGACCGCCAGCAAUGGGUCAGCCACCUAUUUCCAGGACGGGGACAUGUACAAUUACUAUGUGCUGUUAAAAUCGAUCAGGAAUGACAUCGAAUGGGGGGUCCUACAAGCAGACGACAGGCGGAAAGAAAAAAUGGGGGUGACCGCGUUGGACAUAUCCAGAAUAGAAUCCGAUGAUGAUGACUUGGAGAAACAAUUUCAUUAUCAUUUGACCGGACUGCACACUGUUCUGUCCAAGCUUACCCGGAAAGCAAACACCCUCACGAACAGGUACAAUCAGGAGAUUGGAAUAAGGGGCUGUGGACUGUGACUACUAUAAAGUUGUGUGUCAGACGAUAACAUCAAAACGGUCAUUGGUGAACAGUGGAAUGGGGGGGGAUGUCCUAGUGGUAUCGUUUGUAUUUAUUCCCACAGUGGGAAUGUAACCUACUAGACGUUUCAUAUGCAUUGUUAAACAUUUUCCAUCAACUGUUUGAAUGAUUGUCUUAUGUAUUAAUGGCUUGUUGUAUGGAUGGUCUAUCCACGUUAAGAUUUUGUUGUUGAUUGGGCCACGUUGCAUAAUGCCAACUGACAGUGAUUUCAUGUUAUGGUAGCAAUGAGUCAUUGCCAUUAACUAAAUCAUAUGCUUGAUAAUCUAUGAACUGGAAUCAAAUGAUUAUUUUUAAUUUGAGAGAUUCCAAGAGAUUAACACCAACUGUAAACCUUUCUUAUUUAAGCAGCAUUUUAUUUUUCUAGAGAAAUGACAGCUCAGUGAUUAAACAUCUACUUAUUGUUA